CACUCCUCCCAUUCCUUCCAACUUUAUUUUUAGCUGCCAGUGGGAGGGGGCAGGAUGGGAGGGAAAGUAAAAAAAAACAGAAAACCAGAGGGGCAGAAGCACAGAGGACUUCUCAACGGACAAACAGGCAUGGAGCUGCCCCUCACCCUUCACCUGCUCUUGCCUCUGGUCUUCCUGACAGGUCUCUGCUCCUCAUUUAAUCUGGAUGUGCAUCACCCACGUCUGUUCCCUGGACCACCUGAGGCUGAAUUUGGAUACCGUGUCUUACAAUAUGUUGGGGGUGGACAGCGAUGGAUGCUGGUGGGUGCUCCCUGGGAUGGCCCUUCAGGUGACCGAAGGGGGGACGUUUAUCGCUGCCCUGUAGGGGCCUCCCACAAUGCCCCAUGUGCCAAAGGCCACCUGGGUAAUUACCAACUUGGGAAUUCAUCUCAGCCUGCGGUGAACAUGCACCUGGGCAUGUCUCUAGUCCAGACAGAGGGCGAUGGGGGCUUCAUGGCCUGCGCCCCUCUCUGGUCCCGUGCUUGUGGUUCCUCUGUCUUCAGUUCUGGGAUAUGCGCCCAAGUAGAUGGUUCGUUCCAGCCCCGAGGCAGCCUAGCUCCUACUGCACAACGCUGCCCCACAUACAUGGAUGUUGUCAUUGUCUUGGAUGGCUCCAAUAGCAUCUACCCCUGGUCUGAAGUGCAGACCUUCCUCCGAAGACUAGUAGGGAGACUGUUCAUUGAUCCAGAACAAAUACAGGUGGGGCUGGUGCAAUAUGGAGAGAGAUCUGUACAUGAGUGGUCCUUGGGAGAUUUCCGAACCAAGGAAGAAGUGGUGAGAGCGGCAAGGAACCUGAGUCGGAGAGAGGGCCGAGAAACCAAGACUGCCCAAGCAAUAAUGGUGGCCUGCACGGAAGGAUUCAGUCAGUCCCGUGGAGGCCGACCAGAGGCUGCCAGGCUACUGGUGGUUGUCACUGACGGGGAAUCCCACGAUGGAGAGGAGCUUCCUGCAGCACUAGAGGCCUGUGAGGCCAGAAGAGUGACACGAUAUGGGAUUGCAGUCUUGGGACACUACCUUCGGCGGCAGCGAGAUCCCAGCUCUUUCCUGAGGGAAAUCAGAGCUAUUGCCAGUGAUCCAGAUGAGAGAUUCUUCUUCAAUGUCACAGAUGAAGCUGCUCUGACUGACAUUGUGGAUGCACUGGGAGACCGGAUUUUUGGCCUUGAGGGGACCCAUGGAGAAAACGAAAGCUCCUUUGGUCUGGAAAUGUCUCAGAUUGGUUUCUCUACCCAUCAGCUAAAGGAUGGGAUUCUCUUUGGGAUGGUUGGGGCCUAUGACUGGGGGGGCUCAGUGUUGUGGCUUGAAGAAGGCCAUCGCCUUUUCCCUCCACGGACAGCCCUGGAAGAUGAGUUCCCCCCUGCCUUCCAAAACCAUGCAGCGUACCUGGGCUAUUCUGUUUCCUCCAUGCUGCUGCGAGGUGGACAGCGCCUCUUUCUCGCAGGGGCCCCUCGUUUCAGACAUCGAGGAAAGGUCAUUGCUUUCCAGCUUAAGAAAGAUGGGACUGUGAGGGUGGCCCAGAGCCUCCAAGGAGAGCAGAUCGGUUCCUACUUUGGCAGUGAGCUCUGCCCCUUGGAUACUGAUGGGGAUGGAACAACUGAUGUCUUACUUGUGGCUGCCCCCAUGUUCCUGGGGCCCCAGAACAAGGAGACAGGACGGGUCUAUGUGUAUCUGGUGGGCCAGCAACCCUUGUUGAUGCUGCAUGGAACCCUUCAGCCAGAGCCCCCCCAGGACGCUCGAUUUGGCUUCGCCAUGGGUGCCCUUCCUGAUCUGAACCAAGAUGGUUUUGCAGAUGUUGCUGUGGGGGCGCCCCUGGAGGAUGGGCACCGUGGAGCCCUGUAUCUCUAUCAUGGAGUCCAGAGUGGAGUUAGGCCACGCCCUUCCCAGCGCAUAGCUGCUAGCUCCAUGCCCCAGGCUCUGAACUAUUUUGGCCGGAGUGUGGAUGGCCGGUUAGACUUGGACGGGGACGACCUGGUGGACGUGGCUGUGGGUGCCCAAGGGGCAGCCAUCCUGCUCAGUUCUAGGCCCAUUGUGCACUUGGCCCCUUCACUGGAUGUAAGCCCUCCAGCUGUCAGUGUGGUGCAGAGGAACUGCAGGCGGCGGGGCCAGGAGGCAGCCUGCCUCUCUGCUGCCUUGUGUUUCCAGGUGACUUCCCACACUCCUGGCCGCUGGGACCGCCGAUUCUAUGUACGCUUCACAGCAUCCUUGGAUGAAUGGACAGCUGGGGCCCGAGCAGCAUUUGAUGGUUCUGGCCAGAAGCUAUCCCAUCGGAGACUCCAGCUCAGUGUGGGCAAUGUCACUUGUGAGCAGCUGCACUUCCACGUGCUGGAUACAUCUGAUUACCUUCGGCCAGUGGCCUUGACUGUGACCUUUGCCUUGGAUAACACCACGAAGCCAGGACCUGUGCUGGAUGAGGGAGCACCCACCUCCAUAAGAAAGCUGGUCCCUUUCUCGAAGGAUUGUGGCCCAGAUAAUGAGUGUGUCACUGAUCUGGUCCUUCAAGCGAGUAUGGACAUCAGAGGUUCCAGGAAGACCCCAUUUUUGGUCCGAGGCGGCCGGAGGAAAGUGCUAGUGUCAGCAACUCUGGAGAACAGGAAGGAGAAUGCCUAUAACAGCAGCCUGAGGCUUGGCUUCUCUAGAAACCUUCACCUGGCUAGUUUCACUCCUCAGAGGGAUAACCUGGUGAAGGUGGAGUGUGCUGCCCCUGCCCCACACACUCGGCUCUGCAGUGUGGGCCACCCUGUCUUUCAGACUGGAGCCAAGGUGACUUUCCUGCUAGAGUUUGAGUUCAGCUGCUCUGCUCUUCAGAGCCAGGUCCUUGUGAGGCUGACCGCCACUAGCAACAGCCUGGAGAGAAAUGAGACCCUUCAGGACAACACAGCCCAGACUUCUGCCUACAUCCUCUAUGAGCCUCACCUCCUGUUCUCUAGUGAGUCCACUCUGCACCGCUAUGAGGUUCACCCAUAUGGGAUCCUCCCACUGGGACCUGGCCCUGAAUUUAAAACCACUCUUAGGGUUCAGAACCUUGGCUGCUACGUGGUCAGCGGCCUCAUUAUCUCGGCUCUCCUGCCAGCUGUAGCCCACGAGGGCACUUACUUCUUGUCACUAUCCCAGGUCAUCACUCACAAUGCAAGCUGCACAGUGCAGAACCUGACCGACCCACCAUUGGUCCCUGUCCACCCAGAGGAGCUCCAGUACACGAGCAGGCUGAAUUGGAGCAAUACUCAGUGUCAGGUCGUAAAGUGCCACCUUGGACACCUGGCAAAGGGGGCUGAAGUCUCUGUUGGACUACUGAGGUUGAUUCACAACAAUUUUUUCCAGAGGGCCAAAUUCAAGUCUCUGACUGUGGUCAGUACCUUUGAGCUGGAGACUGAAGCAAGCAGUGUCCUCCAGUUGCCCGAAACCUCCCAGUGGAGUGAGAGUCUCCUGGAGGUGAUUCAGACCCACCCUGUCCUCAUCUCCCUGUGGAUCCUCCUGGGCAGCAUCUUGGGAGGGCUGCUCCUGCUGGCGCUUCUGGUCUUCUGCCUUUGGAAGCUUGGCUUCUUUGCCCGGAAUAAAAUCCCUGAGGAAGAAAAGAGAGAAGAGCAAAUGGAGCAAUGAACGGAGAACAAAGCCCUAGAAAGUUCUCCUUGGCAGCUUCUCCAAAAGACCAAGAGUGCUCAGGGCUUGGGGAGCUCAGGCAGAAUAGGAAGAAGCUUCUGGAGCAUCUUCCAGACCUGCAACCUGAACUUGACUUUUGAGUCAAAAGAUACUGCUGGCGAGAGAUGAGGCCUUACCUCACACCAGAAGGACCCAGCUCCAGAGCUGGGGGACCUCUGCCUGCUAUGUUUCCCUCUUCGUAAUCCUGGUUUCCCAGCCAGUACAGGGGCUCUGAUAGGGGACCCCAUUUUUCCCGCUCUUAGGAAACACAUUUUUUCCCUUUACCUUGGUCCCUGCCUCCUUUUACAUUUCCUGUGUCUUCCUUUUGGAAAGGCUCGGGGUGCUCCUCCUCCACCCCCUGCCACUCACCGGGAGGCCAGCUCCCCGGCUCCAUGGGACGGAGCUGACGUUGGCUAGAGAGCUGUAAAGUCAACAUGUGCUGUUUUCCUGUGGUGAUUCAGAGCUCCGGAUGGCGAAAGUCAACAGGAAAAAAAGGAGGGAGGAGGAAAAAGCCACAAGAGACAUUCUGUACAAUUCCAAGGAACAGAGAAGCCUUUAGACAGGCAACUGCCAUCCCCCUGAAACCUGAGACUUCGUGGUGCACUCUGCCCGCCCUCAGGUGCUGGAGAAACCGAGCCUCCCCUAGACCUGCUGGGAAGGCCUUCCUAACUCACAACCUUGCCCGCAAGAAACUCCAGGACUGGGGGCCUUAUCCCUGGGGGGCUGACGCCCCCAGGUGGCUAGAGUUGGAAUUGCAACAAAGACUUGGCUACCCUGUCAGUAUUUCCUUUUUGGGGGGCCUUACUGGCUCUGAGUCCUCCUUGUAGCAGCUAGAGAAGGGAGAGAGGAUGUAUGGUGGCAAACAGCAGCUCCAGAGGGUAGUAAGGCGUGUGUGGGGGGGUCUGUACCAAAGAAGUCAAAGUAAGUGGCUGAAGGCCUUUGUGGAGCAAGUCCUUUCUCAGACCCACCUCAGAAGCACAAAGAACUGCUAGCCACUUGGGGGGGGGGGCGGGCUUGGGGCCACCUCCACUCCCACCUUCUCUGCUGGAAUCAGUUUGCCAGCCCUUGCCUGACGUUUUCUUAAAGUUCCUGAGUUGAUUUCUAUCUCUGGAUUAUCCUUUCUAUCCCCUCCCAUGGUUCUUGUCAGGGCCAGUAAAAACUAAAUUCUCAUAGCAACAACUGGGUAAUUUAUACUUCUUUGUAAUCAAGCCUUUGGACCAGAGUUAGUUAUUGGUCUCUAGGAUGCAGUUCUGACAGCUAUUUGAUGAAGCAACACCUGCCUAGAGACAAAAAGAAAGGAGACCUGACUAGAAGCCAUAAAACCCAUCUAUCGUCUUGUAAACGACCCGACCACAGUGUUUAUUUUGGCAUGUCUCUGGCCUGUUGUAGAGGACAUUAUCUCUGUUUCCCAGUAGGAGGAACAGCAGAUCAGAUGGUCCAAGCAAAUAAAGUUCAAUGUCAGAUGA